AAUGGAGAGAGAGAGGUCCAUCCGUUUGUAACUUGUCGUUUCUCUCUCUUCGUCCCCUUUGAUGUUUCUCUCUCCUUUCUUUCCAAGCUUUUAUUUUUUGUGGGUGGUUCUGUAUUUUAUCCCCAAAAAAUUCCGUUGCUCCCUGUGAUAAAUCUGGGGGUAGGGGGGCCUUUCUGACAGGUUUUAGAGGUACCCAUCUACUCGGAUUUGGUGAAGACGACGAGGGUUCUUCCAAGAUCUCUUAUAUCGGGGCUCCUGACUUAGAGUGCUGAGAUGGAGAGACAGACAUCUUGGGUCACUAGCCGUUUCAGGGAAAUAGGAAAAGAGGUGUGGGGUGGUGAAUCAUUGUGGGGUGGUGAAGCAUUCUCAGAUAUUCAUGGUUGUGGGCAGAAUGAUGAUUCUCUUGUUUCUCUUGAUUUUCUCCUGCCUGAUGAGUUGCUGGAGCGGAUCCUGGCUUGCUUGCCCAUAGCUAGCAUUUUUAGGGCAGGGUCUGUGUGUAAGAGGUGGAAUCAGAUAAUCAAUUCAGACAGGUUUUUGUGGCAUUUCUCCAACAUUUUGCCGCAGAAGCCUUGGUACUUUAUGUUCACUAGCAACGAUGAUCCAACAGGAUUUGCAUAUGAUCCGAUUCUUAGGAAGUGGUACAAUAUUGACCUCCCCUGCAUUGGUGCACCCAACUGGUUCAUCGCUUCUUCAUGUGGGUUAGUCUGUUUCAUGGACAACAAUAGUCGGAACAGGCUGUAUGUCUGCAAUCCUGUCACCAAGGUUCACAAGCAAAUACAAGUGCCUCCUGAGCUUAAACUAGCAGAUUACAGCGCAAUUUCUAUGUCCGUGGACCAUAAAUCCAACUGCUAUACCAUAGCAGUUGCAAAAUCUAAGCAAGUCCCAGAUGACUUCCUUCGGUGGAACCUGUCGAUCCAAGUUUAUGAUUCUCAAUUGAAAUGUUGGGUUACGUCAUUGAAGGAAGUAUUGACAGGAUGGAGAGGAGGAGACGAGAGUGUGAUAUGCAAUGGGAUUUUCUAUUUCUUGAUUUACUCUACUGGUGUCAUGGGGAACUCUGAGAGCAGACACGGGUUGAUCAUGUAUGAUCUUGUGAGCCGAUCUCCCCAUGUUUCUUUGAUGCAAAGUUUGAUUGCUGUCCCUUGUUCUCUUACAUGCGGAAGACUGAUGAAUCUCAAGGAUAAAUUGGUAAUGGUUGGUGGCAUCGGUAAACAAGAUAGACCUGAUAUAAUCAAGGGCAUUGGGAUCUGGCUACUGAACAAGACUGAGUGGCAGGAGGUGGCUCGGAUGCCCCACAAGUUCUUUCAAGGAUUUGGAGAGUUUGAUGAUGUUUUCUGUAGCAGUGGAACAGAUGAUCUCAUAUACAUUCAAAGCUAUGGGGCCCCUGCUCUACUUGCGUUUGACAUAAGCCAGAAACAAUGGAAGUGGGCGCAGAAGUGUCCAAGUUCGAAGUUUGUCGCUGGAUGGUGCUGUUAUCUAUGCAGAUGGAAAAUGCCAGGGGUGCAGCACCAAGUAAUGAAAGUGAAACUAUUCAAAAUUUUGAGAAUGGUUAGAUUUCCAUUCCUUCCUUCAUCGGUAUAAAAAAUUGUAAGAUUGCACAUCAAGUUGCAAACAUGCCUGGCGUUUUUUGCAUUCUCUUAUCCACAGAGAGAGAGAGAGAGAGAGAGAGAGAGAGAGAGAGAGUUUACGCGAUCUUUGGUGUUUGGUGUCAAAAUUGGUUGUUCCUCUUAAAAGCAGUAUUUGUCUCCUUGUAAUUUCAAUAUUUCAUAGUAUCGAUGCGUUCCUGUCUUUUUGUUUCAUGUCCUCUCAAUAUAUAAUAAAGAUAUUUACUCCACCAA